UGAUUACGCGCUCUGCGCGCUGAGCACGCCGGGAGUUGUAGUCCGCUUCGUACAGCGUUGCCAAGUCUCCGGAAGUGGAAGUGUAAGAGGCCGGGCCGAUUUGGCUCUGGGUAGCGGGACUCCACACUGGGGCGAUACUCCCAGGCGGGUCAUGAACGGACCAGCGGACGGCGAAGUGGACUACAAAAAGAAAUACAGGAACCUGAAGCGGAAGCUUAAGUUUCUCAUUUACGAACACGAGUGCUUCCAGGAGGAGCUCAGGAAGGCACAGAGGAAAUUGCUGAAGGUUUCCCGGGACAAGAGUUUCCUUCUAGAUCGACUUCUGCAGUAUGAGAAUGUGGAUGAAGAUUCUUCCGAUUCAGAUGCCACUGCCUCUUCAGAUAACAGUGAGACCGAGGGGACGCCCAAGUUGUCUGACACACCAGCCCCCAAGAGGAAGAGAAGCCCUCCGAUGGGCGGUGCCCCGUCCCCUUCCAGCCUCUCCUUGCCUACUUCAACAGGAUUUCCGCUGCAGACUUCUGGGGCCCCGUCCCCAUACCUGAGUUCGCUGGCUUCUCCCCCGUACCCCCCAUUCCCUUCUGACUACCUGGCCCUGCAGCUGCCUGAGCCCAGCCCCCUGAGGCCCAAGCUGGAGAAACGGCCCCGCCUACCCCGGAAACUCAAGAUGGCUGUAGGACCCCCUGACUGCCCUGUGGGUGGGCCACUGGCCUUCCCUGCCAGGGGUUCUGGGGCCAGUGUUGGGGCAGCCCUGACCCCCCUGCCUCCUCCCAAGAUGCCCCCACACACGAUCCUGAGCACCGUCCCUCAGCAGAUGUUCAGCGAUGCAGGCAGCGGGGAUGACGCCCUGGACGGAGACGACGACCUGGUAAUCGACAUCCCGGAGUAGCUGCCAUGACCUGCCGAGCCCCGCACAACACAUGCGAGCAAGCCCACUUCUUCAAGAGAUGUUUAUUGAUGCCCAGUUGCCAUGCUUCGGCCACUGACACAAUCAGAAAAGGCGUAAACAUGCACAAAUGUCCCCGAGGAAGGUGGCAGGGGCCCUGCCCUCACAUCCCAGCCCCAUCCAGGGGACAGUUAUUUAAAUGAGUGGCCAAGAGGAUCUGCCACAUCUUAGGGAGCAGAGACCCUGUGGAGGCCGGCCGUCCCUUUAGAAGAGCAGCUGAACAGGGCUGGGACUUUUUAAAGAAGGCUCUGUAUUAAAGGGCU